AAGAUGUCUUGUAAGCUCCAAUUUUGUGAUGGAAUAUACAUCGCUUUUAUUCACUUCAUCUGAUUCUCCACUAUUUCAUGUCAAUAGUGUCGCAGUCAGCGGCAUUGUCGACCUGGAGCUACAUGUGUCAUUCCCAGAACGAGAUGAACUUGUCCGAAGAUGCAAAGCAGGAGUCAACUUUACAUAUCCAGCUGUUCGCGAGCAGAUCAAGGCGUACCAAGGGUUUGUGGACGUGCAAGACGGUGUGGACGAGAGUCAUCCACACUCUUUGUUUGGUAUGCAGUGUGGGAAGUCCUUUUUGCUUCCACAGCUGUGGAGGUUGAAGUAGGGGAAACAAUCCUUAGAGAGGCCCAGAAAGAUCAGGUCGCUAUUCGUGUUGUUGUAGGCUCAAAGGCCGCGGUUGGUCGAGCUGGCGCGUCUGGCCGCAAGCUUGAUUUCAGGUUGAUCGCCACCAUUAAGACAGGACUCGAGGGAACCUGGAACAUUAUGUGUCCUUUCGAAGAUGUCAUGUUAUGUUGCGAAACGGAGGAACCUCGCCUGCGUCUCCCGUCGAAUGAGUUCGAGUUGGGCGGUUUUUACUUGAGGACGGUAUGGAACGUCUCCUGGCAUAUAGGGUAAGAGCAUAUCCUCUCUUUGGCGAGAAAAGUCCAGGGUCUUGUAUCUAACCCACGAAGACCAAGCAUCUCUCGUCGCGCCCAAGUUCCCUUGCAGUCACCC